GCGCGUCAAAUCGGUGAUUUGUACCACUUGAGUACCACUGCAAGUAAUGGCUGACUGUGUAGGGGUCGCGCGGAAGGGGAUAUUUCCUGAAGUGCCUUUUGGAAUGUCGCAAGGCGUUGUCUGCAUAGCUUGUGUAGUGGAAUCUCUGGAUGACUAUCAGUCAGAAUCGUGGAGUUCAUCGACUAACAUGGGCGGGCCAGAAUUCAAGCUUGGGAUAUCCAUCCUAGAGAUCGGAAAGAUCCUAAGUCGUUCUGUAAGGAUGACACUGUAUCAAUAAAUGGACAUUAGUCGAGAUCUAGCGUCAGGCGGUCCCUCUUGGGAAGGCUUGCGUCCACUGAAAGACGACCAAAGUGUUAUAUAUAACCGCCGAAAGACCAUCUUAAACUUC